UUGAACGUAGAUUGUACGACAAGGCGUUUUGCAUGGAAUGGGGAACAGUUUGGACGCGAAGAGCUACUCAAAGCCUGGGAUAUUUUACUCAAUUAAUAUUAUUAUUUUUUAUUUUUGCCUUUUGAAAGCAGAGUAGAGGCAACUUUUUUUUCUCGAAGUGCCUGCCCAAGAAGCCAAAGGCGUCUUACUGGACUUCCCGAACACAACACACAACCCGAAUUUGCCAAUGACAUAACCAAGGAUUAACAGGGGUCGAGUCGGCCAGACACAGCGCUGCUGGAUUUUUUGUUAACUUCGUGAAGUUGAAAGGAAGCAGAUUUGGCAGUCACCAUGCCGGCCCUCUCCACCAGAGCCGGCAGUGAGAUAGGUUUGUAUGAGCUGUUGUCUGUACUGCCGUCUCAGCUGCAGCCUCAUAUUGAGCGUGCUGAUGACUGCUCUUUUCUACACGCCAUGUUUGGGGAGAGGAGUCUACAUUCAUUGGUCAAGAUCCAUGAGAAGUUACAGUGUUAUGAAGACCGUGCUCCAACUCCAGUACUGGACAGCGCCGGCUCACUGGCUCAAGAUUUGACGGAGGAACUUCAGGGAAGAAGUGCAAGUCAUGAGAUGAGAGAGCUUGUCAAGCUGCUGUCCAAACCACAUAUGAAGAGUUUGUUGUCAGUUCAUGAUACUGUGGCCAGGAAGAGUUACGAUCCAGAGCUUCCUCCUCUGCCAGACGACAUUGAUGAUGAGGAAGAUUCUGUCAAGAUCAUUCGACUGGUCAAGAAUAAAGAGCCUUUGGGUGCAACCAUAAAGAAGGAUGAACACACUGGAGCAAUCAUAGUGGCGCGCAUCAUGAGGGGCGGGGCAGCAGACAGAAGUGGGCUGAUACAUGUCGGAGAUGAGCUGAAAGAGGUCAACGGUAUCCCUGUAGAUGACAAAAAACCUGAGGAAAUAAUUUGCAUCCUGUCCCAGUCACAAGGUGCCAUCACGUUCAAAGUAGUCCCAGGCAUCAAAGAGGAGGCACAAAGCAAAGAGCCCAAGAUUUUUGUAAAGGCUCUUUUUGACUACAAUCCAGCUGAGGAUAAGGCAAUCCCUUGCAAGGAGGCAGGUUUGGCAUUCACAAAGGGAGAUAUCCUGCAGGUUAUGAGCCAGGACGAUGCCACCUGGUGGCAGGCCAAACUGGAGGGUGAUGGCAACACGCGCGCAGGACUCAUCCCAUCCAAACAUUUUCAGGAGAGGAGGUUUGCCGUCUGGAGACCCAUGACCGUCGCAACUCUUCAGAGAACCCCCAGCAAAAGAUUUUAUGAUGAGACUGUUGCAUGGGUGGAGGACAUUGAAGAGGAUGCUGAGUUUGCCUCUUAUUUAAGUGGACUCCAUAUUGCGGGUCUACGGAGGAGUUUUCGUCUCAGCAGAAGAGAUAAGAAGACAAAUAAAUCGAUGUAUGAAUGUAAAAGAAAUGAUCAUUACGACACAGCUGAUGUGCCCACUUAUGAAGAGGUGACGGCCUACCGCAGAAAACAUGGAGACAGGCACAGACUUGUUUUGUUAGUUGGUCCUACUGGUGUUGGUUUGAAUGAGCUCAAAAGGAAAUUGUUGAUAUCCGAUCCACAACAUUUUAGUGUCACCAUCCCACAUACCUCUCGAUCAAAGAGACAUCAGGAAAGUGAUGGAGUGGAGUAUCAUUUUAUCUCCAAACACCUUUUUGAAGCAGAUAUUCAGAACAGCAAAUUCAUUGAACAUGGAGAGUAUAAGGGAAACUACUAUGGGACGAGCUUCGAUUCUGUACGUUCAGUCCUGUCGAAGAACAAGGUGUGCCUUCUAGAUGUACAGCCACAUACGCUAAAGCAUCUUCGCACAGCCGAGUUUAAGCCCUAUGUGGUGUUUGUGAAGCCUCCAUCCAUCGAGCGUUUGAGAGAGACCAGGAAGAACGCGAAAGUCAUCUCAAGCAAAGACGAUAAGAACUCGUCCAAACCCUUCUCGGAGGAGGACUUCCAGGAGAUGAUCAGUGCUGCUCAGAUGAUGGAAAACCAGUACGGUCACCUCUUUGAAAAGGUCAUCGUGAAUGAUGACCUCACGAUCGCCUUCAACGAGCUCAAGCAGGCGCUCAGGAAAGUGGAGACAGAAGCUCAGUGGGUGCCCGUUAGCUGGACUCAUUCCUGAGUGGUGGCACAUAACAGGACAAAAGGAACAAGGACUAAGGGAAAGACUUGAAGAACUGUGAUAGAUUUCAUUUUAUUGUGUAUUUUUAUUUUUGGCUGUAGAUGGUGAUGGGUAAUGCUAUAUUUGUCUUGAUAUAUCUAUUCUUGGAGACUAAAGUGGAAGAAUAUAGAUUUGUUUUUGUUUUGUGGUGGAUAUAGCUGAAGUGUGUGAUUGCACUCAGAAAUUCAGCAAACGUCUGAUUGUUUAGCCGCCGCUGAGAUAGUGUUUCAGACUGCCAAUCAAGUGGUCUGGUGGUAUUGACCACUCCUUGGUGUAUUUUUAACAUUAGUUUAUAGAAACCUAAGGGAUGGACAUUAAUAUUCUGUGCUCAAAGUACACAUUUUUGUAUUUCAGAACUUAGCACACUGUAUUCCAUUGGCCUGUUCCUCUGCAUCUAGUUUUAUCAGCACGCUAUUAACCAUAUACGUGAGGUUGGAUGAUGUGAUGUUCAGUGGGCCCAAAUUGAUUUUAUUUAAAUAGAAAAUUAAUAUAUUUUGAUAUUUUUGGAACUUCUACUUUUUUAGCUCAUUCCCUAUUGAGAUUUUUACAUCAAAAUCAGAGCUGUGAGGAUUUAUUUAGCCUUUUUAGUGAGUGCUCUUGGCUGAUCAAAGCCUCAGGGUCUCUGUAGACAGAGCUUUUAUUAAUGUACAGUAUAAUCCAAUGUGUGCAGAAAAGCUUACUGCUUUUCUUCAGUUUCAUCUCUCUUUUUCCUCUAUCCCCUUUUCCUUCCAUCUUCCAAUUUGCUUUAUUGCCCAGUCUACAGACUAGCUGUUGUUAAGGGCAGGCAUUUGGAAAGAACAUGCGUGGGAAUAUACUCCUUCUGAGCUGAUUAGUCAAGAGUCUUGGAAGUCUAACAGCAGCACUUCCACAGUUGAAUCUCAUUGAAAUUGAUGUGAAAUGGUAAGCGGAAAUGGCAUUUCAGACAAGAUUAGUUCACUCAAAAAUGAAAAUUCUGUCAUAAUUCAGUUCUUUGGUAUAGUUUGAAUACAGAACACAAGUCAUGCAGACUUAUGGUACUUGAUUAUUUUUGGUGCACAACUGACCUCCUCCAACUUAAUGAGUUUCUGACCACUAUAGUGGUUCUAACCAAGAGUUUCAGCAGCCCAGGAUAUUUGGCCGAAACGGACCAAUAUAUAGUCUGGAUAGACUUAAUGACAUUUAGUUUGCGCUUCUCAGAUGAUACAGUUUGAAUAGCUGUUUUGUGCACAUAAGGGGGAAAAGUACAGCAGCGUAAACACGUCAGCAGUUUGGACACAUUACGUGUGCAAAAGAAUGCUAAAGUAGCAGAAUGUAAAACUAGUUGGAAAUAUCAAGACUAUGACUGCUUUAAUUUAUCAUCUGAGAACAUUAUAUCCUGAAGUGACCAAAAUUUAUUUACCCAAACGCUAUUUUAAGUUUUUGACCAAAUGUAACUUUAGUUUUUCUGUAUUGCUGUUGAAAAAUCAUUUUGGCGCAUUACUAGUAACAACUUAAGAGUGCGUAAAUGUUGACAAAAUUGUCAUUUAUUGGGUGAACUGGUGAGGUCUUUUCUUACUUUUAAAGGGAUAAAGAUAUGUCACUUAAUGCAUGCUUUUCUCGUCGUUUAGUUAUUUUAGCACAUUGGUUUACAGUCAGGCAGUGUCAGUCUCUCACUAUGUACUGUUACUGAAUUUAGUUUAGUCCUAUGGUCCACUUAAAUACGAAUUAAAAUCAAGGUGCACUGAUGUUUAUUUGAUUCACUGUUAGUUUUGUUCUUGCCUUGGUUUUUUCAUAUAUUUCAGAGUUGUUCCAUACUUCACAAUACAAAAGUUUCAAAACUUU